AUGUGUGACCUGGUAUUAUCGCAUCCUGGUGGCUUCGAAGACUUGUUUGGCGCCAAUGCACAUUCUAGUGGACCACGCGUCAAAGACAGCCCAAUGGCGCUGAGAUUUAUUCCAACAUCUAUCUUCAUCUGGAUCUCAACCGCUGGGUCACUCGCAGCUGGAUUCUACUGCAAAGCAUCCAACAGCAUACACUUCGCACACAUCUGGCUGGCGGUCUUGAAGUUUAUCUUCCCGACGAUUGCCAUUUUGAGCUGCCUGCAGUUCUACAAGCACAACAAGACAAAGCUACAACAGCAUAAAAUCCUGCUCAAAUUGUUUACUUUCAAAAGUAUCAUUGGGCUCAACGUGGUACAAAGUUUCACCAUCUCCAUCCUCUCAGGCCACAAUAUCCUCAAGCCCUCAAAGUACAUGACCUACCACGACGUCCAGGUUGGCCUACCAUCUCUCAUCCUUGCCUGCGAGAUGCCUAUCUUCGCAAUCAUGAUGUUCAUAGCAUUCUCCCCCGCCCCAUACACCCGAAAUGGUCCCGCGGCUGGUCCGCUUUCCGCCAUCGUCGAUGCAUUCAACGUCACCGACUUGCUUUCGGCAUUUGUACGCGGUCCGAUGAGACUGGUUAGGGAUCAGCAAAAACAGAUUAUGAGGCAGGAUAGUAUGAAGAUUCAGUUGGACCCGCGGGCGGUGUCGCCGGGUAGCGAGAGGGUGAAGGCACCGUUGAUCAGUCAUGCUGUUUGA